AUGCUCAAAUCAUCAUCAUCAUCCGGUAAGGGAAAGCCGGAUGAUGAUGAUUUGGAGACCAAACCGGUUCUCAAGAAACAAAAGGAAAAUUCCGACGAGAAGGAGGAGACAUUAACGGAAGGAGGACUUGUUGAUCCUAGUCUCCAGCACAAGUCUGAUGAUCAGGAGGUGAGCGAAUCCUGGAAGGUGAUUUGGAGACCAAACCCAUUGCUGAAGGAAACAUCCGAGGAGAAGGAGGAGGAGGCACUAACGGAAGGACUUGCUGAUAGUCGCCAGAACAAGUAUGAUGAUCAGGAGGCUAAUUCAAUUCAGGAAGUUGCCAUAAGAAAAACAAAGACGCUCUUCGUUGGGCAUCUUACUCCCCAAACUAAAACAUCACAUCUCAUCAAUUUCUUCAAAGAUGUUGGACAAGUUGUUCAGAUUCGACGUAUUGUUAACAAGAAGGGCAAGCCUGUGGGUUGGGGCUUUGUUGAGUUUGCUUCUGCUAACGAGGCAGAGAAGGCGUUGCAAACUAAGAAUGGUGAAUAUUUCCAGGGUCGCAAUAUUUUUCUUGACGUUGCUAAGCCUAAGAUGAAUCCAUUAUCUCCACCCAAGUAUGAAGACAACCUUCUACGAGAACCUAAUCUGAAGCAACAGGAGGAAAAAUCCAACAUGAUCAGAUUCUGCGGUAAGAAGACCACCUUCUCUUAUGACGACGACUGA